CUACUUUCUGUCGGGGCAUCUCUGCUUCACUGCUUUCAGAUUAAAGUAGGUGAGGUUUGAGCUUGUUUUUUUGCUGCGGAAGAGGUGACGACUGAACUCGGUGAUUUCGAUAAAGGAGCAUUUUGUUCAUGUUGACAGCAUCACUGAACUCAGCAAGUGUUGGACUUGGCUAGCUCGUUGACCCAUUUCACGCCGCACCCGGCUCAAUUCCAGUGGGAGCCUCUGAUCCACCGCCUGCGUGCUAAUCCAUCUUCCGUGUGGUAACUCAUGACCUCACAUCCGUGUGCCCUGAUGUGUCGGUGAUAUGGGAGAGUGGUGGACAACUGUGCCAGUAGGGACAUCUAUGGGAAACUAUGAGAUCUCCAGCAUAUCACAUGUGACAAUGUCGCCCUCAAGACAGAACAACCUUAUGUCAAUGCAAUCUUCUUUGCCCCUGUCCAGAAGCUCCUACAAUGUGAUAAGUGCCUUUUGCACAGAGGAUACUAUUCCUCAAUGCAUUUCACACAUCAAUCAGGAGCUUGACUCACUGGGUCUUUCCUCCACAUGUAUUGAGGCCAGCUCACAAGAGGGAGCCGACCUGAAGACAGUGCCAGCUCUGAAUGCUAUGUAUGAGCUAAUACAAAUUCACAGACGCAGUAUGUGCACUUUAGAAGAGCUUGAGAAAGAACAACUGAAAAAAUCCAGCACCUUGGACCACAUGCAGAUGAACAACUCCAGACUCAAGGAUCAGUUGGAACUGUCUAUAAGGGAGAAAUCGGGUCUACAUGAGACAGAGAGGCAGCUGCACCUCAAAAUUAAGACUUUGCAAAGCUGCUUAAAAACAGAAAAAGAUGAGGUUCAGAAACUCCAGAGUAUCAUUGCCAGCCGGGCCUCUCAGUACAGCCAUGACGCCAAGAGGAAAGAGAGAGAAGCUGCAAAGCUCAAGGAACGCCUCGGCCAGUUACUGGUUGACAGAAAGGAUAGAAAACUGGCUAUCGACGUACUGAACUCUUUGGGCCGUUCAGAUGGAAAAAGGAGCCACUGGAAGACUACAAAAGCGACAGCCAGCCAUGAGGGUGAGAUGUACAAGUCCUUGCUCAAUGACUACGAGGCAAGUCAGAGGUCCUUGAUGCUGGAGAACGCUGAGCUUAAGAAAGUCCUCCAACAGAUGAAGAAGGAGAUGAUUCAUAUGCUAAGUCCACACCAGCCCACCAGAGGAGCCAAUGCUGAUGAGAGUCAGGAGCAGGCUGAUUCAGAUGGGGAGGAGAAGGCGGGUGAUUUGAGCAAGGAAACUCUAGACCAAUCCUGUGAGCAUGCCAGGGAGCUGCUCACUAACAGCAUCCGCCAGCAGUGGAGGAAACUGAGGAACCACAUGGAGAAGUUAGACAGCCAAGCCUCGCAAAUGCAGAAUCAGCUGGAGUCCAAUAAAGAGGUGAUACCAAGGGACACCCACGAGGAUGAGAUGGAGAGGAUGAGGCAUGAAGUGCAGCAGUGCAAAGAGUUCAUUCAUGCACAGCAACAGCUCCUCCAGCAACAACUGAACACAUCAUUUGAUGACGAGACAGCAGCUCUUCUUAAUGACUGUUACACACUUGAGGAGAAGGAGCGCCUCAAAGAGGAAUGGAGGCUCUUUGAGGAACAGAAGAGAAACUUUGAGAGGGAAAGAAAGAACUUCACGGAGGCUGCUAUUCGCCUGGGGCGAGAGAAAAAGUCCUUUGAGGUGGAUCGCGCCUCUUGGCUGAAGAAUCAGUUUUUGAACUUGACUCCCUUUACAGACCACAGGAGAUGUUCCUCUUCUGACGGUCAAAGUGCCUUAUCAAUCAGAAGCGAGCCUGAGGUGAGGAUGUCUUCCUCUAAAGCUCGGCUGGUCCCAUCGUCAACCCACGCCACGUUCUCCACUCCUAAACCUACACAGAGUGCUGCUGUGCCAUCCACAACUGAACUCUAUCGGACACUCCGCCUCAUACCAGAGAGCAGUUCCUCCAGACAGUCAAAUCGAGGACGAUGGCAAGAGUCCAGCAGCAUUGAAGAUGCAGAUAUUCGGAUCAAAUCAAAGAACAGAGUUCGAUGUGGAGACUUGAGUAUCUUCUCUUUGGGUGAAGAUGAGAACAGCCUCACUUGAUGAACUUCCAGUGACUUUUUUUUUUAAAUAAUUUUGCAGUUUCCGUUAGCAUCAACUUAUGGCUGAAUUCAAUUACCACUGAACACUACAUUUGCUUUGCAGCACUUUUAUGUUGCUUUGUUAUGGACAUGCACAUAUCAUUCAACAAAGCUGACAACAAAGCACAUUGAUUGUACUUUUAUUUCCUUUUACAAACAAAUCAAAACUGACAAUUCAGUUUUUUAAGCUAUAUUCAAAUGUAUCUACCAAGUAUUGAUUUGAACAUAUUGGAGUAAGAAAUCUCUUUUUACAUGUGGGUUAUAAACCGUCUCUGAUUAUAUGUUUAAGUUUAGAAUAAACUUGUUUUCAUAUCCUAGAUGUGUAAAUUAUGAUUUUAAUGGGAGCAUAAAUGGACAUCAGAUUUAUAAUCAUCUGCUCUGCCAUAACGGCACAAUAAAGGUAUUUUAACAAA